AUGGGACGUGUUGAGGUUCAAGAAACUCAUGUUCUAAUGGUAGCGUUACCAUUCCAAGGCCACCUCAAUCCAAUGCUCAAAUUCGCCAAACAUCUCGCACGAGCCAACCUACACUUUACUCUCGCGACCACUGAACAAGCCCGUGGCCAGGUCUCAUCCACCGACGAACCACAUAGCCUUGUGGACCUUGUGUUCUUCUCUGACGGUCUGCCUAAAGACGAUCCAAGAGACCCCGAGCCUCUCGCAGAGUCAUUGAGAAAAUUCGGACCGAAGAAUUUGUCGGAAAUCAUCGAAAAAAAGAGGUUUGCUUGCAUUAUCACUGUUCCUUUCACUCCAUGGGUUCCAGCUGUUGCAGCUGCUCAUAACAUUCCUUGUGCAAUCCUAUGGAUCGAAGCUUGUGCUGUUUUCUCGGUUUAUUACCGUUAUUACAUGAAGACAGACUCUUUCCCCGAUCUCGAAGAUCCGAACCAAACCGUAAAGCUUCCAGCCUUACCGUUAUUAGAGGUUCGAGAUCUCCCGACCAUGAUGUUACCUUCUGAUGGUGCUCCUUUCAAUAGGCUAAUAGCGGAAUUCGUAGAUUGCUUGAAAGAUGUGAAAUGGGUUUUGGCUAAUUCAUUUUACGAACUCGAAUCGGAUAUAAUCGAAUCGAUGUUUGAUUUGAAACCUAUCAUCCCAAUUGGUCCUCUGGUUUCUCCAUUUCUCUUGGGAGCUGAUGAGGAAAAAACCCUAGUUGGGAAAAACCUAGAUUUGUGGAAAUCUGAUGAUUACUGUAUGGAGUGGCUUGACAAGCAAGUUAGGUCUUCAGUGGUUUACAUAUCUUUUGGAAGCAUACUCAAAUGGUCAGAGAAUCAAGUCGAGACCGUAGCGACGGCAUUGAGAAACAGAGGAGUUCCAUUUUUAUGGGUGAUACGUCCGAAGGAGAAAGGCGAAAACGUCCAAGUCUUGCAGGAGAUGGUGAAAGAAGGACAAGGAGUUGUUAUCGGAUGGGGUAAUCAAGAGAAGAUACUGAGCCACGAGGCGAUCUCUUGCUUCGUCACGCACUGUGGAUGGAACUCGACGGUCGAGACGGUGGUGACUGGUGUCCCGGUGGUGGCGUACCCGUCUUGGAUAGAUCAGCCGCUUGAUGCGAGAUUGCUUGUGGAUGUGUUUGGUAUUGGAGUAAGGAUGAGGGAUGAUGUUGUUGACGGAGAGCUUAAGGUUGCUGAGGUUGAGAGAUGCAUUGAGGCUGUGACGGAAGGUCCUGCCGCCGUGGAUAUGAGGAGGAGAGCGGCGGAGCUGAAGCACGGAGCAGUAUCGGCGUUGGCACCUGGUGGAACUUCAGCUUGUAAUCUGGACUUGUUCAUCAACGACAUCACAAUCGUUACUUAGAUUUUAAUUUACAUGUAAACCACAUUAGUAUUUUUGAAACACAGUUAUAAAAGAAAUUCUUAUAUUCAAAAGUGAAGAAUAUUAUUGCAUUUAA